CGGGGUAUUCAGUCGUCGCGUUGUGGCGGUGGUGGUCAUGUUUUCACGUUUGUGAGACAAUUACUAGCGUGAGAGAGCGACAUUGACUGGGAUUAAUAUUUUACUUCAGCUGCUGCGUUUUGUCAGGAGAUUUAUCAUCAAAGAUGGCUGAGGACGUCCAGAAGCACUCAGUCCACACACUGGUCUUCAGAUCUCUCAAAAGAACUCACGAUAUGUUUGUGUCCGACCAAGCGAAACCCAUCUCACAGGACGAUGAGAGCCACAAACUGAAGAUGGACGUGAAACUCAAGUCAGACUACAUGGCGGUUUUACACAUGCCUGUCCUGAAGGAAGGGAAAGACAGAGUCCCACAUCUUCCUGGCAGCAUGCACGGCCACCAGAGCUAUGCACAGCCAGAUGACCCAGAAUACCUGAUCACUGGGACACAUGCGUACCCCUCUGCACCUGGAGUGGCCCUGACUGCAGACACGGCGAUGCACAGGAACCCCAGCGAGGGAGGAAUCCAUUCUAUGGCAUUGGCUUUGUUGCCCUCACAAGCCAGGCUGGACGCAAGCCGCACAGCAGCCAGUGUUGGUGAUAUUCAUCGACACGCUGGAGCAACAGAGAGAUCUCACCUUCACUCAACUGCCGUGUCGCUUCUGGAAGGAGGCGGUACCAGAAAUUCUGCGCUCAUAAGGAAAGCACCAACAAUGCCGAAACCCCAGUGGCAUCCACCAUGGAAACUGUCUCGGGUCAUCAGUGGUCACCUUGGCUGGGUGAGAUCCAUCGCUGUAGAACCUGGGAAUCAGUGGUUUGUCACAGGCUCGGCUGAUAGAACCAUAAAGAUUUGGGACCUGUCCUCUGGAAAGCUGAAGCUCUCUCUGACUGGACACAUUAGCACAGUGCGAGGUGUGGCCGUCAGCACCCGCAGUCCAUACCUGUUCUCCUGUGGUGAAGACAAGCAAGUCAAAUGUUGGGAUCUGGAGUACAACAAAGUCAUCAGGCACUACCACGGUCACCUGAGUGCUGUGUAUGACUUGGAUCUACAUCCGACCAUUGAUGUGCUGAUGACGUGCAGUCGGGAUGCCACAGCACGGGUGUGGGACAUCAGGACGAAGGCUAACGUGCACACACUAACUGGCCACACCAACACUGUGGCCACAGUGAGAUGCCAAGAAGCAGAGCCACAGGUCAUCACUGGCAGCCACGAUUCAACAAUCAGAAUGUGGGAUUUGAUUGCUGGAAAGACCAGAACAACCCUAACCAACCACAAGAAGUCUGUCCGAACUCUGGUGCUGCACCCCAAGCUAUACACAUUUGCAUCAGGUUCUGCUGACAACAUCAAGCAGUGGAAGUUCCCCGAUGGCAACUUCAUUCAGAACCUGUCUGGCCACAACGCCAUCAUCAACACGCUGGCUGUUAACUCGGACGGCGUUUUGGUGUCAGGAGCUGACAAUGGAACCAUCCACAUGUGGGACUGGAGGACGGGCUACAACUUCCAGAGGAUCCACGCCGCUGUGCAGCCAGGAUCUCUGGACAGCGAGUCGGGCAUCUUUGCCUGCUUGUUUGAUAAAACAGAGAGCAGAUUGAUCACCGCCGAGGCCGACAAGACCAUAAAAGUGUACAAAGAGGACGACACAGCUACGGAAGAAAGUCAUCCAGUCAACUGGAAACCAGAAAUCCUCAAGAGAAAAAGAUUCUAAUAUUUUGUGUUGUUUUUUUUUUUAUUUCACAGUAGCAAUUGUAAAUUUUCCAUCACAUUUUGCUUAGUGCUUUGUCAUGCAGCAGAUUUCUUCCUCAACAAAUGUGUCUUUGACAGAAGCAAACACAUCUUACUCAAAAAUAAACACGAGGUUUGACUGCUUCAUUCUAAAAACCACUUGCAGUCUUCGUUGUAGGACGUCAGUCCAGUGAAGCGGCCAUUUUGAACUGCCAGGAACCUCCCUGUGCGUUUGUUCUUGAUGACGACAGCUCUCUUAUGGCUCUGGUCCGUCUGGUCCACCAGAAGUAGCCACUCUUCGGAGACAGAGGGACUGGCCUCAGAGUGGAUCUGGUUUCUGUUUGAGUCAAACCCUGCAGAUGGAAAGACAUCUUUUUUUUUUGUACUCAAAAAGAGCUUUAAAAAAAAAACAUGGCAUUGUCCCUUUUUUCUGGAUAGCAAUGUGAUGUUUAUUUUGCUCCAUUUAAUAAAGACAGUUAUUGUUUA